AUGAAGGCCAGUGCAAUUGAGGGUGGAGAAAUUUCAAAAAGACUAGCCCCAAGAAAAAGGUUGAAGAGAGGACUCUCAAUAGUGGACUUCAUUUUGAGAAUUGUUGCAGCUAUUUGCACCCUGGGAAGUGCACUGGGUAUGGGAACAACAAAGGAAACACUUCCAUUUGCCACACGGUUUGUAAAAUUCAGAGCUGUUUUUGAUGACCUUCCUACAUUUGUGUUUUUUGUGACCUCCAAUUCUAUUGUGUGUGGCUACCUACUUCUUUCACUUGCCCUGUCAUUCUUCCAUAUAGUAAGGAGUAAUGCAGUAAGAAGCAGGGUUCUCCAGGUCUUUCUUGAUACGAUUAUGUUUGGUCUUCUCACAACUGGGGCCUCAUCAGCUGCAGCCAUCGUUUAUGUAGCACACUAUGGCAACCCAAAUGCCAAUUGGUUUCCUUUCUGCCGACAAUACAACAACUUCUGUGAACGCAUUUCUGGUUCACUCAUUGGUUCUUUCAUUGCAGCAGUUCUGUUCAUCAUCCUCAUUCUUAUGUCAGCAGUAUCAAUAAGCAAGCGUUGA